UCUCCAUCUAUCGGACGAAACCGGAAUCGGAUCGAUGGCCAUCCCAUCGUUCUAUUCGCAGCUGGUCAAUGGCGAACACGAAGCAAUGUUGAUGAUGAUGGACGAGUGUCCAAAUUCUGUCCAAAAUCAUACGGGUCCAAACUCACCUCCAUCAUUAGGACCUAUAAAAACAAGCCAAGACGAAAUCCAACAACAACAGAGACCGAGAUAUUCUAUACCCGGCAUAGUACAUUUUAUACAACACGAAUGGACGAGGUUCGAAGCCGAAAGAGCACAAUGGGAAGUGGAAAGAGCGGAAUUACAAGCUCGGAUAGCAUUUUUACAAGGAGAGAGAAAAGGACAAGAGAAUUUGAAAAAUGAUCUCAUUCGUAGAAUUAAAAUGUUAGAAUAUGCUUUAAAACAGGAAAGGACUAAAACAUAUAAAUUAAAAUACGGAGCCGAUCCUAAUCAGGCAGAUGCUCGUCUCCAGAUCUUUGAUGAGACCGACAAAGAAGAGCCAGUCGAUGGAGAUAUAUUUCCUUCAAAUAGUAAUGUUACUUGGAAACAAGGGAGGCAGCUUCUCAGACAAUACCUACAAGAAAUAGGAUAUACAGACACUAUUAUAGAUAUUAGGUCUGCAAGAGUUCGUUCUCUUCUCGGUUUGAAUAAUAAUAUAGGUGAUCAAGAUAAGCAGCUAAAUGUUGUCAUGAAUGGAGAUCAGACAACUAAACGGGCAAAUGAUGUUCACAACAGAAGGAUCCCUGGAAAGAAAAUCAAUUCAAUAGCUGAAAAUACAUUAAUGGAUGCUGAAGCUUCAGUUUUAGCAACUUUUGAUUUCUUGGCAUCGGAGAACGUUGAUGUUGAUGACGAGGAUGAAAAUCUCAGCGAUGAGCUGGAGUUUGGGGGAUUAGGUGUUGAAAGAAUGGAAAGAUCACAGGAAAAAAGAAUGAAAAUGAACUUAAAAGGUGAUUCAGGUAGUGGUUUAAUAUAUGACACGGUUUCAAAUUAUAAUAAAAAAGGAGUUAAUAAUAUGAUGGAUGAACCUGAUGGGGAUGAAGUGGUGUCGCAGUUUGAUUAUUUGGGGGCAAACAACACUGACGGAGCUGGAGAAGCAAGGAGCCAGGACGAUACAACAGAAUGGAACAUCCAAGGAAGAUCAUUCCCCUUCCAACCUGUGUCACAACAGCAGAUUUUGGGAAAUCUCAGAACAGACAAUGAUGGUAUGGAACCUACUCUUGGUCUCGGUGAUCUUGCUGAGUUAACAAUAAACAAUGAGGCAGAAUCCACUUACGAUGUAUCUGCAACCAAAGAGGCUUUUAGGAAAACUUGGAAUGCUAAAUAUACCCUUAGAAGUCAUUUUGAUUGUGUACGAGCACUAGCAUUUCAUCCUGUGGAACCAGUUCUUAUCUCUGCUUCGGAAGAUCACACAUUAAAGUUGUGGAAUUUACAAAAGACCUUGCCGGCAAAGAAAACAUCGUCAUUAGAUGUAGAACCAGUUUAUACAUUUCGUGGGCAUGUUGGUCCUGUACUCUGUCUUGUUAUGGGUAGCACUGGUGAACAAUGCUAUAGUGGUGGUCUAGAUGGGACUAUUAGAUGUUGGAACAUUCCAAAUUCAAAUAUAGAUCCUUAUGAUUCAUAUGUUUGUUUUCCAGAUCCGGGUGUUCUCGCUGCUACACUAUGUGGGCAUACAGAUAGUGUGUAUGGUUUAUCAAUUCAUACUUCGAAAGUACAGUUAAUCUCAUGUUCUUCGGAUAGCACCAUAAGACUCUGGUCUCCCCAAAGCAAAGUUCCUUUACUAAACACUUAUGUCUCCAAAACAGAUGAUGGAAUGCCAACAUCUGUGGAUUUUGUACGUUGCGAACCCACACAGAUGGUGGCAGCAUACACUUCAUCAAAUACUAUUAUUUUUGAUAUAGAGACCGGAAAGCCAAUAAUGCAUUUAGAAAGCAAUUUGAAUGCUGAUGGUAAUGCUAUUAACAGACAGAUUAACAAAGUCAUCACUCAUCCUACACUUCCCAUAACAAUAACAGCUCAUGAAGAUAGACACAUUUGCUUUUUUGAUAAUAAUACAGGCAAAGUAAUACAUUCGAUGGUUGCACAUCUUGAUGCAGUAACCAGUUUGGCCAUUGACCCUAAUGGAUUAUACCUAUUGUCCGGAAGCCAUGACUGUUCCAUUCGUCUCUGGAAUAUGGACAAUAAAACAUGUGUACAGGAGAUAACGUCUCACAGAAAAAAGUUUGACGAAUCCAUCUUUGACGUAUCAUUCCACCCAUGUAAACCAUUCAUUGCCAGUGCUGGAGCAGAUGCACUAGCGAAAGUCUUUGUUUGAUGAAAAGUAGUAAUUAAUAUCAACUGUACAGGGACAAGUAUGCAAGGAUAAAAAAAAAUAUGUUGCGUUUUACAACAUCAGGGAAGAUUAUUUUAUCCCAUAUUUUAAAACCGGUAUCAGAUUGUGUAGUCAUUUUUUGUGUAUUUGAAAAAAAGAUAUCCAUUCUUCCCUGUUGGUUGUUUUUAAUCACGACAAUCGACGCUCGUUAUUAUGGAUGAACUGUAUUUCCCAAGCCGAUGGAGGAAGAAAACAACACUAGGAUGUGAGAGAGAAAGGAGAGAGAGAGAGAGAGAUCGUUUUCUGCACCUUUGUUAUGUUCUUGAGCCGUUAGUUUUUGUGACUUCGAAUAAGUUCUGGAGAUGUCGGCUGUAAGAAUAAAAUCUCCAGAAAUCCCCAAUAAUCAGGUAUUAAAAUUUCGUAAUUAAAAAAAAAACUAUAUAUGAAUAUAUAAUAUCAGUAUUUCAUUGUGAAUCCUGUGAUCCAUUAAGCAAUGUCAUCUUUUUAUUAUUUUAUUAUUUUGAGUUCUCAUUCAAUUGCAAGCUCCGAAAGAAAAUUCUCAUUGUAGUUCUCUUUAUAUUUUAUUGUACGAUGAAAGAAAAACUUGUAUAUAUUAUAUAUACAUAUAUAUAUAUAUAUAUAUAUCAUAUCUGUAAAAUCACUUGCACUUUACUAUAAUUGUUAAAUUUAUGCCGCUUGCUACGUUACGCAGCUUCAUUUUCCAACAGUACAAGCAAAUGCACAUUGUAUAAAUGAUUUUGCAACAGAGAAAACUCGACGCCAACUUUUUGUUCCUUGUUUUCCGCAGACAGAAACGAGCUUUGUUGUACAGUGUACAGUUAUGUUCCAUGCAUUCGUCAGCGAGUAAACCGGAUCAUUUCUGACAAGUCUUGCCGAUCCUCGUUAAAACUCCCACACUCAAGACGGCGGUAUUUAUUGUAGUUUGGUUUGCCGCCCCGCAGGCAACUCAUUUUUAACAUGCAGCGUGUCAACGUUGUUACAUGAAUUAUAUAAUAUACAAGAAAUUAAUCAAUAUUAGAUCGAACUUUACUGUCGUUUUUAAUGGUUUUAUUUUUAAUUUUUUUUUUGUCAGUCUUCAAAAUUUAGGCUAGCAUUCUAGCUAUGUAUGUAAUGUAUUAGGUUGUGGCUUCGAAUAUUUGUGAAACAAGGAAAAAACCAAAAAAAAAAUAUAUAUUAGAUUGUUUUGCAUCAUCUUGCACGUGUCAAAGUAUUUUCACAACUGAAACAUUAUUUAUAGAAUCAGUUGUGUAAAUAAUUUACGGAUCCAUUUGAAGCUGUGAAAACUGGAUCGAAGUGCUUCCUUUUGUAAUAAAGAUCAUACAGCAGUUGG